AUGCGUCAUUGUACGUCAGAUGCAUCGAAGAAUCGUUUUUACACGUGGCAAGACACAAUCGUGGAGCACAGAAUUUCUUGGCCUACGGGAUUGCUGAUAGAAUCGGUGGUCGGUGACGGGCCAGACAAUCCGUAUUACAUUCGACAGUCCUACACACCGAAGGGUUACGUCAACUCCGAAGGUGAUCGUGAGAUUAGCAGAAAGUUUCUCAGGAACGGCACCGUUCUGAAGUAUUUACACGACGGGAGGGUGAUAGUUCUUCGUUCGAACGGGGUAAUCGUGACUUGUACCGCGUUUGAGAUGCUUGGAAGAAAUUACGACCAGGCCAGAGAUGGUUCAGGCGACAGACCGAACGAGACGAAAGUCCCGUCCAAAACGAGAAGAAAGCCAAUGAGUGGCCUGAGGUCUUCGUUGUUCGAAACCGGCGAGGGAGAUCUCGCGUCCGCGCGGCAGAAUUUAACAACG